AUGCUUGUUUUUAGGGCACCCCUCGUUGACCAUCCCCAGAUCGCUCGCGCGACAUUGCAUAAUCCCCUUCCAACAUACCUCAAAUUCUACGUCUGGCCUUUCUUCUCGUUAUACCCACUGUUUGGCGCAAUUUACUUUCCUGAAGAAAACUACGAUAAAUACAUCCAUGGCUCUGAAUUUACUUUCCUAUACCUUGGUGGUAUCAUCUGUCUCCAGGCUCUGCUCUGGCUCAGUUGUCAAUGGAACGUCAAUAUCAAAACUCUCUUCACUACUCGGAAGGCAUCUGAUAUCUUCUCAGCUAAGCUGAUCAAGGUUAUUCCUGUCGAAAACUCUGGAAAAUCUGAAAUAUGCGAGAUCAUUCACGAUAGAUCCGGCCCGAAAGAAGAACUGUUCUUCCUCUUCCAGAAACGUCGCUUCCUCUUCUACACCGAAACUGCCUCCUUCUCCCCGGUCUCAUACCCACUCAGUUCGGACCCCAAGCCGAGGAUUGAGUCCUUCCAACACACUUUGGGAAUUACAUCUGCUACAGAGGAAGUUCACCUGAAGCACCACUAUGGCCCAAACACCUUCGAUAUCCCGGUACCCACCUUCACAGAACUCUUCAAAGAACACGCUGUGGCGCCCUUCUUUGUUUUCCAGAUCUUUUGUGUUGGUCUUUGGUGUCUCGAUGAGUACUGGUACUACAGCUUGUUCACUCUCUUCAUGCUUGUCGCCUUCGAGUCCACCGUCGUAUGGCAACGUCAACGAACUCUCACAGAGUUCCGUGGAAUGUCCAUCAAGCCAUACCCAAUCUUCGUACACCGUCUUGGUCAUUGGGUGGAAGUUCAGAGUGAUGAGUUACUUCCAGGUGAUCUUGUCAGUGUCGGGCGUACAAAAGAAGAUUCCGGUGUAGCUUGUGACAUGAUUCUUAUUGAAGGGACUGCCAUUGUUAACGAGGCCAUGUUGUCUGGCGAGUCUACACCACUCCUAAAGGACUCCAUCGCUUUGCGACCUGGAGAUGCGCUUAUUGAGCCUGAAGGUCUCGACAAAAAUGCCAUUCUGUAUGGUGGCACCAAGGUCUUGCAAGUUACCCAUGCGGCUGGUGGCGAAGAAAACCCGGAGACGAACGUCAAGGUCCCCCUCGCGCCUGAUAAUGGUGCUUUAGCCGUCGUUACCAAGACAGGUUUUGAGACCAGUCAGGGCCAGCUCGUCCGAACCAUGAUCUACUCAACGGAGCCAGUUUCUGCGAACAAUGUCGAGGCGCUCUUGUUUAUUCUGUUCCUUCUCAUGUUCGCUAUCGCUGCUAGUUGGUAUGUCUGGACUGAAGGUGUUUUGCAGGACAGGAAGCGUUCAAAGUUAUUACUAGACUGCGUCCUCAUCAUCACAAGUGUCGUCCCACCCGAGUUGCCCAUGGAGCUUUCCUUGGCUGUCAAUACCUCCCUAGCUGCUUUGAGCAAGUAUGCGAUCUAUUGCACCGAGCCUUUCAGAAUUCCCUUCGCCGGCCGCGUUGAUGUUUGUUGUUUUGACAAGACCGGUACCCUUACUGGUGAAGAUCUCGUGGUUGAAGGUGUUGCUGGAUUGAAUGGUCAAGAACAUGGUCCUAGCGGGAAGGUAACUCCUAGCCUGCAGAGAGUCGCGGAGGUUGGAGCUGAAACUACAUUGGUUCUCGCUACGGCUCAUGCACUCGUCCGUCUCGACGAAGGAGAAAUUGUUGGCGACCCUAUGGAAAAAGCUACAUUGGAAGCUCUUGGCUGGUCGCUCGGAAAGAAUGAUACCCUGACAUCCAACAAACUUUCUGCUGCACCCGGAAAAGCGUAUUCCCAAACCUCUAGCAUUGUUACCAUCCGUCGACGAUUCCAGUUCUCUUCUACGCUCAAGAGGCAGAGUUCCGUCGCCACCGUUAUUCACAAUUCUUCUGGCCAACGUAUCCGUGGAUCUUUCGUCGCUGUCAAGGGCGCCCCCGAGACUAUUCGAAAGAUGUUGGUUUCCGUCCCUGCUGACUAUGAGGCUACCUUUAAGUACUAUACUCGGCGUGGAUCGCGUGUUUUGGCUUUGGGAUACAAGUAUCUCUCAACUGAUCAGGAGCUUGGCGCUGCACGAAUUAACGCUUUAACAAGAGAGGAUGUUGAAUGUGACCUCCACUUUGCUGGUUUCCUAGUUUUGCACACCCCACUCAAGGAUGAUGCCAAAAAGACCGUUAGAAUGUUGAAUGAGAGCAGCCACAGAGUCAUUAUGAUUACCGGUGAUAAUCCAUUAACUGCUGUUCACGUCGCAAAUGAAGUUGAAAUUGUGGAUCGGGAUUGUUGGAUUUUGGAUGCCCCUGAGGACGAGAACAGCCCACAUGAGCUGAUCUGGAGAUCCGUGGAUGAGACCACUAUGAUCCCUGUUCAGCCAGGAGACCCAAUCGAUCCCAAGAUCAUCGCUGAAAAGGAUAUCUGUGUCACCGGGUACGCUCUCAACAAACUUACAGAAAACGCCACCGCCAUCUCUGUCUUGUUGCGCCACACUUGGGUUUACGCUCGUGUGUCUCCCUUACAGAAAGAGGUUAUUUUGACUGGACUCAAGGCCGCCGGAUAUACUACUCUUAUGUGCGGUGAUGGUACUAAUGAUGUUGGCGCUCUCAAGCAAGCUCAUGUUGGUGUCGCUCUUCUUAAUGGUACCGAGCAGGAUCUUCAACGUAUCAGCGAACAUUUCAAGGUUACCAAGAUGAAGGAGAUUUAUGAAAAGCAAGUUGCGCUCACAAAGCGAUUCAAUGCGCCAGCUCCACCCCCACCCCCUAUCAUUGCCCAUUUGUACCCACCCGGCCCUAAGAAUCCCAACUUCGACAAGGCAGUUGAGCAUCAGGCUAGAAUUCGUGGUGUGGAUGUAUCUCAGAUUCCCAUCCCCAAAGCACUAGAAGGCGAACUCGAAACAGUAACCACACCCGGCGCCGCGGCAGCAUUGCAGUCCCAAAAUAAUGCCCAUACUUCCGCCAACAAGGCCGCUGGUUUCGCGGAUCAAAUGACUAGCAUGAUGAUGGACCAAGAAAUGAACGACGAUGAACCUCCAAGUAUCAAACUUGGAGACGCCUCUGUUGCCGCUCCCUUCACCUCUAAACUCGGAAACGUCAUCGCCAUCGCCAAUAUCAUUCGCCAAGGUCGUUGUACAUUAGUUGCCACCAUCCAAAUGUACAAGAUUCUCGCCUUAAACUGUCUCAUUUCUGCCUACAGCUUGUCGGUCCUUUACCUCGAUGGUAUUAAAUUUGGCGAUGGGCAAGUCACUAUCAGCGGCAUGAUGAUGUCAGUCUGCUUCCUUUCUAUCUCUCGUGCUAAACCCGUUGAAAAACUGUCGCGGGAAAGGCCACAACCCAACAUCUUCAACCCAUACAUUAUCGGUAGCGUCCUCGGUCAAUUCGCCGUUCAUAUUGUCAGUCUGAUCUACAUCUCAAAUUAUGUCAAGGCAAUUGAGCCACAUGAACGCCCCAAGGACCUCGAAAAGGAAUUCCAACCUUCUCUUCUUAACAGUGCCAUCUACCUUAUCUCUCUCAUCCAACAGAUCUCCACAUUCGCCAUCAAUUACCAGGGUCGUCCGUUCCGUGAGAGUAUCAGGGAAAACCGAGCAAUGUAUUGGGGUUUAGUUUCCGUGGGCGCAAUUGCGUUCAUGUGUAGUACGGAGUUCAUACCGGAGCUGAAUGAAAAACUUAAGCUCGUCAAGUUUUCGGAUGAGUUUAAGACUAUUUUGACGACAAGCAUGCUGUUGGAUUAUGUGGUUUGUUGGUUGAUCGAGAAGAGUUUGAAGUGGGCAUUCAGUGACUACAGACCGAAGGAUAUCGCGGUAAGAAGAAAGGAUCAAUUAGAAAGAGAAGCCAAUCGAGCAGAAGAAAAGGUGAUUAUCCCGCCACCGGCUCUCCAUAAGCCCGCAGGUGUUAGACCCGGGGUUAAUGUGCCUGUAGCGACAACGUCGGGAGCUAAGGCGGCAGCGUCGGAAAAAGGAGGAUUGAAGAGACUGAAUCGGUGA